AUGGUUUUUGGCAAGGAGUUGGCACCGCCUUGCUUUGCGUUCCUUAUUGGCCUUUCGUUCUGGCCCUUGAUGCGCUUGACAAGGAUGGAGUCGCCAAUUUUCCAAGAGGACCCGCGCCUUGCGUCGCUUCCGGGCUCUGCGUCGCCGUGUGGACUCUAUGAGUUCUUCGUGAACCAUAAUGAAGGACCGGGAAUUCACAAAUGGGUGCACUACUUUCCGGUCUAUGAAGAGCACCUGGGCCGCUUCUGCACCGGCACGGCCGACAUUAGGAUGUUGGAAAUUGGAAUCCAAUCAGGGGGCAGCCUUCUCAUGUGGCAAAAAGCAUUCGGUGAGAAGCUGAAGCUUUUGGUCGGUAUGGACAUCAACCCCAAGACCAAAGCCUGGGAACGAUUCGGGAGCAACGUGAAAGUGGAGAUCGGCAGCCAGGCAAAUGUGCAACGCCUGCAGAGCAUCAAAGGCAAGUAUCCAGAAGGAUUCGAUAUCAUCCUGGACGAUGGCUCCCAUGUGCCAGAACACAUCUUCGUCACCUUUGUGGAAAUGUGGCCUGCUAUCAGACCUGGCGGUAGUUACAUCAUCGAGGAUGUGCACGGAACUGCUCCAGUGCUAGAUUGGAUGUUGCAUGGACACCGUCUCAACAGCAAGAUCGACAUGGCUGGCUUGUAUUGGCCUGGGAAGAAGAUGGGCCCUGGUACUGCCAUCAGCUUGGAGUCCGGAGACUUCAUGAAUCAUUUCGGCAAUAUGAAGAACUUCAGCAGUUCAAAAACUCAAAGGGAAGUGGAAAGUAUCAAGAUCUAUCCUUACCUCAUCGUGAUCACCAGGCGGCAAACUCCGAUGAUGACUCUCCACGCAGAGAAGCGCGGCACAGAGUGGAUUCCACGCCCUUAG